GUUGGUUUUCCCCCCGGUAGUGGGCCAGUGGACUGCUCCAGGCCAAGGCCAAGGCGCGCCCACUCGAGCAAGCGGUCCUGUGGCCUGGCGCCUUCUCCCGAUCCAGCGUCCAGGUGAUGCGGAUACUUUCAAGUCAGGGAGUCAAUACAUUUGGUGAGGUGAUUUUUACCUGCGUGUUCCCAUCACGUGAUCUGUUUCAACGUUCACUGAAUGCACGUGUGUAAGUGGCUCUGAUUUCUGGCUUCUCAGAAGUUUCCUGAGUGAACUUGUAGAUCUAAGAAAUCACAGAAGAUGCACCACAUUUUGAGGAAACGAGGAAGAAUAAACUGUGGGAAGAACACGCUUGGGAGCUAAAGAUGCUGUUUUAUCAUAUGUAAGAAGUUGGACCAGAGAUGGAAAACUUUAUUCUGUAUGAGGAGAUUGGCAGAGGAAGCAAGACUGUUGUCUACAAAGGGCGACGGAAGGGAACAAUCAAUUUUGUGGCGAUUCUUUGUACUGAAAAGUGCAAAAGACCUGAAAUAACCAACUGGGUCCGUCUCACCCAUGAAAUUAAACACAAGAAUAUUGUAACUUUUCAUGAAUGGUAUGAAACCAGCAAUCAUCUCUGGAUGGUGGUGGAACUCUGCACAGGUGGUUCCUUAGAAACAGUUAUUGCUCAAGAUGAAAACCUCCCAGAAGAUGUUAUAAGAGACUUUGGGAUUGACCUGAUUACUGGAUUAUAUCAUCUUCAUAAACUUGGCAUUCUCUUUUGUGACAUUUCUCCUGGGAAGAUACUCCUGGAAGGGCCUGGCACUUUGAAGUUUAGUAAUUUUUGCUUGGCGAAAGUGGAAGGUGAAAAUUUGGAAGAGUUCUUUGCCUUGGUGGCAGCAGAAGAAGGAGGAGGUGACAGUGGGGAAAAUAUGCUGAAGAAAAGCAUGAAAAAUAGAGUCAAAGGAUCUCCUAUCUAUACAGCACCAGAGGUUAUGAGGGGUACUGACUUCUCUGUCACCAGUGAUCUCUGGUCUUUGGGCUGUCUGCUUUAUGAAAUGUUUUCAGGAAAACCUCCAUUCUUCUCAGAAAGUGUUUCAGAAUUAAUUGAAAAGAUUUUAUAUGAAGAUCCUUUACCACCUAUUCCAAAAGAUUCUUCGCUUCCUAAAGCAUCUUCAGAUUUUAUUAAUUUGCUUAAUGGGUUACUUCAAAAAGACCCUCAGAAAAGAUUAACUUGGACAGGACUACUGCAGCAUUCAUUUUGGAAGAAUGCUUUCACUAGAGAAGACCAGGAAUCCAACAUGGAGGGUUUCAGCUUCAGAAAUGUGAUCGAGUGUUCAGAACCACAAGAUUCCAAGGAGUUUUUGCAGAGCCCUCAGAAUGGACAAUCGAAGGGGCAGAAGGGUAGCCAAAGGCUAAGCCAAUCUUUCAGACUUGAAAAUCCAACUGAGUUGCGGCCGAAGAAUACUGUUGGGGGUCAAUUGAAUGAAUCCAUAUUUCUUCUUAGUUCUCGUCCUACUCCAAGAACUAGCACUGCAGUGGGAUUGAGUCCUGGUGAGGAUAUGACUCACAACUCACCCCAGAAGACCUCUCCUUUGACCAAGGUGACAAAUGGACACCUGAGCCAGGAGGCCCUGGAAUCCCAGAUGAGAGCACUAAUCUACACAGACUCAGAUCUUAUUGUCACCCCAAUUAUCGACAACCCCAAGAUUUUGAAGCAACCACCAGUUAAAUUUGAUCCAAAAAUAUUGCAUCUACCAGCACAUUCAGUUGACAAGUUGUUAUUUCUGAAAGACCAAGAUUGGAAUGACUUUUUGCAACAAGUGUGCUCACAGAUUGACUCCACUGAGAAGAGCACAGCGGCCUCCCGAGCUAAGCUGAAUCUCCUCUGCUAUUUAUGCGUGGUGGCUGGUCACAAGGAGGUAGCCACCAGGCUACUCCAUUCCCCCCUGUUCCAGUUGCUAAUCCAGCAUUUGCGAAUAGCUCCAAAUUGGGAUAUACGGGCCAAAGUUGCUCGGGUAAUUGGUUUGCUGGCUUCGCACACAACUGAGCUCCAGGAAAAUACACCCAUUAUUGAGGCAAUUGCUCUCUUAACUGAAUUAAUUAGGGAGAACUUCAGGAACAGCAAAUUAAAACAGUGCCUUUUACCGACCCUUGGGGAGCUGAUAUAUCUUGUAGCCACCCAGGAAGGAAAAAAAAAGAACCCCAGAGAAUGCUGGGCCGUUCCCUUGGCUGCUUACACGGUGCUAAUGAGGUGCCUUCGGGAAGGGGAAGAACGUGUUGUGAAUCACAUGGCUGCAAAGAUUAUUGAGAAUGUCUGCACAACUUUUUCAGCUCAGGCGCAGGGCUUUAUUACAGGAGAAGUUGGACCUGUUUUAUGGUACCUAUUCAGACAUUCCACCGUUGAUUCUCUUAGGAUAACAGCAAUUUCGGCCUUGUGUAGAAUCACUCGCCAGUCUCCUACUGCCUUCCAGAAUGUUAUUGAGAAGGUGGGACUAAACUCCAUAAUAAAUUCCCUGGCCUCUGCCAUCUGCAAAGUUCAGCAGUACCUGUUGACCUUAUUCACUGCCAUGUUGUCCUGUGGGAUUCAUCUUCAAAGACUAAUCCAAGAAAAGGAUUUUGUCUCCACAAUUAUACGUCUACUUGACAGCCCCUCAACUUCCAUUAGAGCCAAAGCCUUCCUGGUGCUUUUGUAUAUUGUGAUGCAUAAUCGUGAGAUGUUGCUACUCAGCUGCCAAGCAAGGCUGGUGAUGUACAUCGAGAGGGACAGCAGAAAGACCACUCCAGGCAAGGAGCAGCAAGGCAGUGGUGAAUACCUCUCUAGAUGCCUGGAUCUUCUCAUCCGUCACAUCGUGCAGGAACUGCCAACAAUCCUCUGUGACAUUCUCAACGCCUUGGCUAAUGUCUCUGGUCGGAAACACCCAUCCACAGUUCAAGCAAAACAGCUGAAGAUGUGCCUCCCCCUGAUGCCUGUAGUACUUCACCUCGUCACUUCUCAGGUAUUUCGACCUCAAGUUGUAACAGAAGAGUUUCUUUUCAGUUAUGGAACUAUUCUUAGUCAUAUUAAAUCAAUUGACUCGGGAGAAACUAACAUAGAUGGAGCUAUAGGGCUGACAGCAUCAGAAGAAUUUAUCAAGGUCACGUUGUCGGCUUUUGAAGCAAUAAUUCAAUAUCCUGUUUUGUUGAAAGAUUAUUGCUCUACGGUUGUUGAUUAUAUCCUGCCACCCUUGGUCUCCUUGGUUCAAAGUCAAAAUGUGGAGUGGAGACUCUUCAGCUUGCGGUUGCUGUCAGAAACCACAUCUCUACUUGUGAACCAGGAGAAUGGGAAUGGUGAGGAGGAAGUAAACAUUGAUUCUGAAGGCAAUCUUCUGGCUCUUAUGAGAGACGUCUUACUUCCCCAGUAUGAGCACAUCCUCAUGGAGCCAGACCCAGUACCAGCAUAUGCUCUCAAACUGCUUGUCGCGAUGACUGAACACAACCCGACUUUUACCAGACUUGUGGAAGAAAGCAAACUGAUCCCACUCAUUUUUGAAGUAAUUCUGGAACAUCAGGAGAGCAUUCUGGGUAAUACUAUGCAAAGUGUGAUUGCCCUACUCAGCAAUCUGGUUGCCUGCAAAGAUUCCAAUAUGAAGCUACUUUAUGAACAAGGACUUGUCAGUCACGUCUGUAAUCUAUUCACUGAAACUGCCACACUGUGCUUGGAUGUGGACAAUAAAAACAACAAUGAGAUGGCAGCCACACUGCUCUUUUCCCUGCUUGAUAUUUUGCAUGGCAUACUGACGUAUACAUCCAGCGUUGUACGCCUGGCUUUGCAGGCCCAGAAGUCUGGUUUAGGAGGGGACACUCAGGCUGCCGAAGACCUGCUAGUGCUCUGCAAACCACUGACAGACCUCAUUAGCCUGCUUAUUCCACUGCUUCCUAGUGAGGAUCCUGAAAUUUUUGAGGUUUCAUCCAAGUGUCUGUCUAUACUGGUUCAGCUGUAUGGAGGGGAAAACCCAGACAGCCUGUCCCCUGAAAAUGUGGAAUGUUUUGCUGAUUUGCUGAUGUCCAGGGAGGAUCCAAAGGAGCAGAAGCUUCUGCUGAGGAUUCUCAGAAGGAUGAUCACCUCCAAUGAGAAGCACCUAGAAAGCCUCAAGAAUGCUGGCAGCCUUCUGCAGGCUCUGGAGCAACUGGCUCCAGGUGAUAGUUUAUCUGUUGACAGUGUGGUGGCUUCCUUGGCCCUGGAAAUCCUCCAAGCCGUGGGCAUGAAGCAGGAAGGCACUUAGCGCAGGCCCACUUUGCAACACCAAGCCUUGGCUGCGUGGGUAAGGUCCUCUCCCAGACAUUUGCUGCAUCACCAGCCACAGCUGGGCCUGGACCCAAUAAAACUCAGCUGAACCCAGAACCUGGGACUGAAGUUCUCUCACUAACUCUGGGCCCUAGACAACUGGUUCAGAAUGGACUCGUUGGCUCUUGUAGGGAAGCCCAGGUUUGCUAGCUAUGAUCAAGAAUUCUCUCCGUGUGGGCUGAGUAGGCUUCCACUAAAGUAGGCCCUGCCUGUGCUACUAAAGCAGGGUCAGAAACAGUUCUGGGUCUGCUUCUCUAUGGGAAAGAUCUUUUACCCAGCUGCAACUCCAGAGCAAGCCUCUGGAAGGUAGUUUCAGCCCCUUGUCUUCCUCCCACUUUACCUGUCAGGACUUUUUUGUUCCAGGGACAAACUGAUUUCAGUAGUCCUGGGGAGGACUGGGCAAGAUUUACUAACCAGUACAGAUAGGUUGAGUUUGCCUACAGGAAUGCAAAAGGCUCAGGAAUGCUGCCUUCCUAGACAGUAUGCCCAACUAGAUGGGAUGAUGGUAUCAAGAUCGUUUUCCCUUACUGUUACCACCUACCCACCUUAUCCUGGAAAGCUUUCUAGCUUCUGCCUCAUAUUGUCUUGUCUGUUGGGUCCAGAGAACAGACAUGGGUCUCCCUAUUUUCCCAGCACACCUCCACCCCUUUAUUUGUUCCUAGGGGGAACUGCCCUAGGGUUCAGGGUGUGGAGUCUUCCCAGAAGUGUUUCAGAGCAAUGGAAGGUUCUUCUUUCCCCUUUUUAUUUAAGCAGGGAGUAAUCUUCAGUGUUGUACACAAAACAGGGAGGUUUUUUAAUUUUCCUGCAAGUCAAGUGCAGUUAUUUGGUGUACACUGUGGAAGGAUGCAGGACUGCUGUCCUGGGGAAGGCUUACUCUUGAAUAUGGAAGGUAGGGUUGGAUCUUGGACAGCUUCAACAAGUUGAGGCCAUCCCUUGGCCUCUCUGAGGCCUCAUUUUCCCCAUCUAAAAAAUGUUCAUUACCUUAUUCAAUCCCCAAUACAGCCUGCACAGCAGGCCGCCUUAGCUUCAUUUCAUAGAUGAGAAAACACUCAGGGGGCUGCUGUUUUACUUGCCCACAAGGCCGCGCAGCUUGAUUGAAUUCAAGACUGUGACUCUGUAACCCUUGUGUCCAUCAGUAGGUAUUCAGAGCUUGAUAUGUGACUCAGUGUAUUCUGUGUCCCACCACAGGCAGUUUCCUUUGCCCUCUCAUAGUCUACUUCAUGUCCACGGUGAGAAGGCCUCAGGAUUUAAGUCCUGCUGUGCGAGAUGCCUAUGGUUCAGGCCUGAUUAGAUCUGCCAGAGUAUGGGAUCUUGCCCGAGUACGGGGUAGUUAGUGGAGCAGCCAGAGGCCUGGAUCAGCUUCAGGGGCUCUGCCUGUUGGGUGCACAGAACAGAUACAGGUCUCCUUGUAUCUGUCACCCCUCCUUUUAUAUUUGUUCCUGGGGGAACAAACAGCCCUAAGGUUCAGGGUGUGGAGUCUUCUCAGAAGUAUUUUGGAGCAGUGGAAGACUCUUUCCCCCUUCUAUUUAAGCAGGGAGUAAUCUUUGGUGUUGCACACAAAACAGGGAAGUUUUUGGUAUUUCAGAAUCAUUUUGUCCAGUGGACCAUUCCUGGCCAGAGCUCAACAUUGCUGGCUGCUUUAUUCCCUGUCCUCCCCAAGUCCCACCAUUUCAAUUUACAGGAAAGAGCCUAUGGCAUCUCCCCCUCCCCAGGUUAAGGACCAUUCUGGGUUUUGUAGUCAUCUAAGCACUUCAUAAUUUUUUAGUCUCACCAUCUAUGAGUUCUUUCCUUAAAUAGCUUGUUCCCUUCCCCCUUUAACAAAAUUAAGUUCUAUAGCAUGCAUUAGUAAGUUGCUUUUGUUCAGUAUUGUAUGAAAGAGAUCUUGUAAUGUACCCACACCCAUAUUGUGUGAAACUGUGGCUCUUUUACUAUAUAGUAUGUGUUUUGUGUGAACAAAGACACCAGGACACAUGGGCUUGCAACAUGGGGUGUCACAUCAUGCUCCACAGACAUCCUGGAGUUUUGAGGCAAAACCCAAACCAGUAUUGGUACCACCUUUAUUUAAAACCCUGAUAUUUUGGGGUAAUGGUUAUUUUUCUGGCCAUCUAAUAGUUAGUUCUACAGCUUUAUGAAAGUUUUCCUCACUGACCUAUGCUACUUCCAAAGUUUCUCUGAGUGCCUACAUCCUAUACACAUUUCUGGUGCUGUGCCAACAACAGUGCUAACUACCUCUUUAUAAAGUUAGGCUUGACAGCUACUAGAACAAGCCUUCCUCUCUUUCUUCCUAAAUAUUUUGGUGAUUAACUGCCCUUAGUGCUUCUAAGUACAUUCCAGAAUACCCUGCUGAUCAGAGUGUUUUAAAUGGAACUUCAAAAGUAUAGCAGUAGGCAAAAGUUCUAAGAUGUUGUCUAGCUUAUAAAUCCUUUAACCCAUUUUAUAGGUGUUCCACAUCUAUAACAGUCUAAACACAGUCUACAUAAAUACUAUUAAUAUUGACAUGUAAGCUCUAGAUUGUCCUUCAUCCUAUUUUACUGCACCUAUGUCAAUAUAUUUAACUCAGUCCCCUGUCUUUAGUGUUAACCAACCUAUCAGUACUGGCUGAUUCUGUCAUGCAUGAGGCACCCUCUUUCAACUCCAAUAACAUUUUGUUUUUAUGAAAGAAAUAUUUACAAAAAGUCUUCCCUAGAUGAAGUUGAUCUGAAUGCAUGUUUGUCAGUCACUAUGUUUUAAACAUAGUAAACCAACAGGUUUCCUUAAGCAUGAAACAGUUUCACUUUAAAAGACUAAAAUCGCAAGUCUUUACAAGUCUGUCCUGAGCAAUGAACCCUGUCAGACCUACCACCAGGAUGACUGGCUCAUCUGGCAGAUGGUGUGGAAGAAGACCUGUUCAGGCUCUCUGAUUAUGUUCAGAUAGAUAGACAUAGACACUUAAGCAUGUUUAAUUAUCAGUUCAAAGUGGAGCUGAAGAAAUUCCCUUCUCUGAGUCACGCUUGGGUAAAAGUUCUUGAAGUUCAAAUUGGUAUACUUUUAAAAAAUACUUGAAAUGAAACACCAUCUAAAAGAGGGUGAUUAUUUGGCUUUCAGCUUUCUCGACUUUUAGCUUAGUGUAGCUCAAAGACAAGGUACCCAGAUAUCUUUGAACUGGGGAGGUCUUUGAUUACCUGAGCAAGAUCAAGAUUAAACCCAUAACUACACCAAGAGGCUAGGGUGAAGGAGUACUAGUUCUUUAGUUAGAAUCACAAUAUUUUAGGCUGAAAUACACUGGGGGUGGGGGGUAGGGGGGCGUUUUAAACCCAGGGCCAAGUACUAAAGAAACUUGGCAAAUAAUCCUAUGCAGAGGGUAAGGUCUUCUCUCUCAUUACAACUUAAAAUUAUUACUUUCACUAUGUGAAUUUUGCUCAGGAUGAAGGUAGUCUGGGUAAACUUAAGACUCCUGUAACACUUAAUGUCAAGGAAAAAAGGUGACACAAUCGAAUGAAUUAAAAGUUUAAUUCUGAACCAUUUUUAUAACCGUAUUUUCUCUUGAAGCAUUGUAUCACAGCAGGUUACAACAACUUUGGGAUAAAAGGCAACUGGUAAACUGUCCAAAACAAGGUUCCAAAUAACACCUCUUACUGAUUUACCCUACCCAUACAUAUCCCAAAUAAAGUUUUUGAUCAAAAACAUGAAAUAGAUCCACCUGCUUAUUUUAAGCAUAUUAAAAAGGAAACUAAUUGGACCGUUUCUAUUUGUCUAUUUUAUACAAAAAAGGCUACACAAUGUUACACUUUCUUCAGAUUACAAUUAGAGUGAUUAUGAAUUAGUGUUCUACACCAUUACUCAAUUCUUAAAAAUUAGAAAUUGCUGUAGCAGUAUUCACUAUAACAUAACACUACAAGAGACUUAAAAAAAACUAACAGUUACUGCAAAAAAAAAAAAGAAAAAAGAAAAUUAAAGAGCUACUUCAAAGCAAGCAUAGUCAGUACCAUUACAGAUAUUAAAAAAAAAAAAAAUUUUUUUUUUUUUUUUAACAA